AUUGUGUUUCUGUGUAAAUGGAUCGCAAUCUGGCCGUUGCAGCACGUCGGGUUGGAAACGGAUCGUACCAUUUGGCACCGUCUCCCCCCUGUCUGCUGCGUAGAAUAAGAAUCCUCUGGCUCUAGUAAUAAGGUGCAGAUAUUAGGAAUAUCAGGAAUAAUUUAUUCUGCUGCUCAGACACGCGCCGGGCCAGAGGGGGGCAACCAUGUCUGUGGCCUUUGCAUCAGCCAGACCCAGAGGAAAAGGAGAAGUCACCCAGCAAACUAUACAGAAGAUGUUGGAUGAGAACCACCACCUGAUACAAUGUAUAAUGGAUUAUCAAAGCAAGGGCAAGACUGCCGAGUGCACACAGUAUCAGCAGAUCCUGCACAGAAAUCUGGUCUAUCUCGCCACUAUAGCAGACUCCAAUCAGAACAUGCAAUCUCUGCUUCCUGCGCCGCCAGCGCAGAACAUAAACCUGGGCCCUGGAGGGAUGAGCCAAACCGGCCCCAGCCAGACCCUCCACUCACAGGGCAACCUGAGCGACGCACUGGGUGCCAGCCUUCCGCCCUCCUCCCUCAUGCAGAACCAGAUCAGCAACGGGCCCAAUCAUGUGUCUCUGCAGCAGUCUGGUCAAGCCACGAUGCCCACAACCAGCAUGAGUAUGGCAGGGAGUUCGCAUGGCACAGCUCCUGGAUAUAGCCAUGCUGUGCCCAGCUCUCAGAAUCUGCCGAUGCAAAGCCAGGGCACCAUAGCCAACUAUGUGUCGAGGGCUAAUAUAAACUUGCCGACCAACCCAGUGUCCAUGAUGCACCAGCAAGCUGCCAGCUCGCAUUACACCACUGCACAAGGUGGAGGUCAGCACUACCAAGGGCAAUCUUCCAUCUCCAUAAUGAGCCAGAGUAACCAAGGAAGCAGCAUGAUGGGUCAGAGGCCUUUGGGACCAUACAGACCAUCACAGCAAGGCUCUGCACAGCAAUACAUUGGCCAAGAAGAGUAUUAUAGCGAGCAAUAUGGACACAGCCAAAGUUCCUCUGAACCUAUUAGCCAGCAGUAUUACACAGAUGGACACAGUGAGUACGCUUACCAACAAUCUUCCUAUGGGGAGCAGAGCUACGACAGGACGUUCGAUGACUCCUCGCAACAUUACUAUGAAGGAGGAGGAACCACCCAGUACAGCCAGCAGCAGAGCGGAUAUCAGCAGGGAGCGGGGCAGCAACAGGCGUACUCCCAGCAGCAGCAGUACUCCAAUCAGCAGAACUAUGCGGGGCAGCAGCAGCAAGGAUACGUUCCAGCACAAGGCUCUUCUUCACAGUAUUCCACCUACCAGCAAGGCCAGAGCCAGCCAUACUCUAGCUACCGGACACCCCAGACAGCUUCCUCAGCCCAGCAACAGAGGCCAUAUGGUUACGGCGAGGGUCAGUAUGGAAACUAUCAGCAGUAAUCCAGAACUUUGGCCCUCGGACAGUCAAGUCAAAGGUCUGAGGUUAACAGGACUGCGAACAAUGCCUAUUAGCAACGCUUACUGCACAUACCAUUUUCAAGAUGGAGAAGAGUGGAAUGCGGCGACUUCACCCCGUGUCGGUGGAUUAUUCCCAUUUAUUAGAUCCAGAACGGUGUGCGAUCUAUCAGCAAAGGCAUAUUUUACCCCCCAAAUACAGGUGGAAUAUGGAUGGUCGGUAGCAGGGCUUAAAUGUAUAUUUUUGUAUUACAAAGAGAACCUGUCAUGUCAUUUAAGUGGAAUUUUAGGCAAACAGCUUGUGAACUUGUUAGGUCAGAGGUAGGCAAACUUGGCACUGCAGCUGUGGUGAAACUACAAAUCCCAUCAUGCCUCUGGGAGGCAUGCCUGAGUCUAUGGGACUUGUAGUUUCACCACAACUAGAGUGCGGAGGUUGCUUACCCUUGCAAUAAGUGACCUGUUUUACCUGCCUUAGGCUCCAUUUACAUCUAGGCAGACAAAUUUGCGGCGUUUUGUCCCGCGAAUUGCGGCGGCAAAUAGCGGCGUUUUG